AAAUGAAAAAUUAAUUUCGAGGAGCGCAAGUGCGGAGAUAACAGUUCCACUCGUCCUAGCUUGUCCCAUUGCCAUCUUUGUACGGGUAGUAGAUUGAGAAUAUGAAAUCUAGUAACAGACUACUACUCCACUAUACACUGAUAGUAUAAGUAUAAGCUCUAGUUGAUUUCUUCGGUAUAUCUAAUCAAAGCAAUCAUGGCUGCAAUUCAGAAGCUACUGAACAUUGCAUUGCCCCCACUAUCAUUGGUGCUUCUAUCCUCCUUCAUGAUACCUUUCCUUAUCUUCAAGGUUCUUAUUUAUGUAAGGAAGCUGUUUCAAACCGAUGAAAAAUUGGAAAACAAGGUUGUACUAAUCACCGGGGCAGCCUCAGGGAUUGGCGAGCAACUAGCAUAUGAAUAUGGAAGGAGAGGAGCAGUUUUAUCACUGGUUGACAUUAGGGAGGACAAUCUUGUAGUUGUGGCUGAAAAGGCCAGAUCUCUGGGUUCUCCUGAUGUUAUCAUCAUCGCUGCAGAUGUCUCAAAGCUCCAAGACUCUCGUCGUUUUGUGGAUCAAACAGUCAAUCAUUUUGGACGAUUGGAUUGUUUGGUAAAUAAUGCUGGGAUCGGCAAGGCUUCAGGGUUCAAAGAUUGGACUAAUAAUGCUUCUGAAUUUACUCCAAUGAUGGACGUAAAUUUCUGGGGAUCAGUUUAUGGCACUUUAUGUGCAAUCCCACAUCUGAAAACAAGCAGAGGCAGGAUCAUUGUGAUUGCAUCGGUUUUUGGAUGGUUCCCUUUCCCAAGAAGCAGUAUCUACAGUGCAAGCAAGGCAGCGGUUAUAAACUACUUUGAGACUCUCAGGAUGGAACUUGGUCGUGCUAUUAGCAUAACAAUAGUCACACCUGGUUUGAUCAACACGGAUCUAGGAUUAACCGUAGUAAAAGAGGAGAGUAUUAUGGGAAUAUUUCCAAUGUUAUCAGCAUCCGAAUUAGCAAAAAGCAUAGUGAAAAGCGCAUGCGGGGGAGAUAUGUACUUGAUAGAGCCAUCUUGGGUCAAGGUUUUGUUUCCUUUCAAACUGCUUUAUCCUCAACUAGUAGACUCGGCCGUACGCUUCUUAAUUGGGCUUUCCCGAAAAAGAAAUAAUUCUGCAACGGAGCUGAAGCUAGAGUAAAGUACUGUGUGCCACUUCCAUUUUUUUUACAGGUCUAAGUUGUUUAAUUUAAAAUAAGUUGAUUACAAUCAUUACGAAGCUUUGUAUGAUUUUCGACACACUUCAAGUCAAGUAAAGCUAGCAUGGUUACAGGCUAAUUUUGCCGAUUCAUGAGUUACAUGAUUAGUUUCUUGCUUUGUAUGUGACUAUGUGAGAAGUGGCAAGAGUGAAGUCUGCAGUGUUUGUACCAUUAUUUUCCCUAAUUGGAUUCCCCGCUUCCAUUUGCUUAGUUAGUAUAAUUUGUAUCAGACAAAAAACCUUAUGUAAUUUGUUCCACUUUCUUCUUGUA